CGCACUGGUAUGCGUUCGGUUUAUUUAGGAUAGGAUGACUGUUCGAAUGGUGAUAGUGCAGCUGGUGUGUUGAUUACAAGGCAGUUCAAGCUAACAAAGCAGAGAGUGAUCGAUUAUUUCAUUCCUUCUUGUUUCGACGGUCCGUUAGUGAUGCGGGAAUGCAACAUUGGCGGUUGCUUUGUUGUUGGUCAAUGCCAGCUGACGUAGACUCACUAUCGGAAGCGUCUCUGGUUAGAAGUUAACCCUAGUUUGCCGCUGCUUUUAGUUUUUUUCUCUGGAGCAGCAGCGCCUAGCAGAAGCUGGAUUAUCCCUACUUGUAAGUUCACAGGCGUUGCAUGUACCAUUCUGGUAUUGCAAUGAAACGUCGCUACGACGAGUAGGUUUGCGACGCUUGAAGAAAGCAUUCUGGUGCUGCGAUGGAGCGUUACGACGAUGACGACGAUUCGCCUGAAGCGUGGGACGUGCGACCGCCGCUACCGGGAAGUCAUGGAAAAACGGGAAGGACGCGAGACAGCAAGGCCGGGAGAGUGACUGGAUCUAGCAGUGACAAGUCGAGCGAAAGCGGUCGCGGAAAGGAGAGGGAUCGGGAUAGGGAUAGAGAUAGGGACAUGGAUCGGGAUAGGGAUAGAGAUAGAGAUAGGGACAGGGAUAGAGGGGGGAAGGAUCAUAAGAGAAGCAGCGCAAGCCGCGACAGAGAUAGGAAUAGAGAUAGGGAGAGGGAUAGAGACAGGGAUAAGGACAGGGAUAAGUACCGCGAUAGAGAUAAGGAUAGGGAUAAGAAUAGGGAUCGUUAUCGAGAUCGAGAUAAAGAUAGCGAUAGGGAACGGGAGAGGACGAGAGAUAGGGUAGAGCGAACCGAGGGGAGUCGCGACGGCAGUCGGGAUAGGGAACGGAGAGAUAGAGAAAGGAGGGACGGAGACAAGGGGAGGGAACGAGAGAGAGGCAGGGAUAGGGAUUACGAUAGGGACAGUGUAAAGGACAGGGAUCGAGACAGAGACAGGGAAGGAGUGAGGGAGAGGGACAAGGGCCGAGAUCGAGAGAGGGAGCGAGAGAGGCCGCGCGAGAGGGACAAGGAGCGGGAUCGAACCAAGGAGAGGGAGAGGGAAAGGGAGAGGGGAGGGAAAGACCGAGAUCGAGAAAAGGAGAGGGAGCGGGAGCGGGAGCGGGAGAGGGAGAGGGAGAGGGAGAGGAGGCAUGGCGAGGGAGGGAAGGAGGGGCGGAGCUCCGGCAGGCACGGCGUGCCGUCGUCCUCGUCGGUGGAGGACGAGCACGGGUCGCAGAGGCGCACCAGCCGCACAUCAAGCAUCACAAGUGACUCUAGCAAGCGUUCUAGUAGGGGGCGGGACCACCACGACCCUAGAGACGCCUACGAGGAUGACUAUAGGGGGGCGCAUGGGCAUGGGGGGAGCAGGAAGGCAGGAGGGUCAAGUGGUGGCAGCAGGAAAUCAGGAGCAGGUUCUAGUGCUAGCACUACUGUGGUUGAAGGUGUUGGUGGUGGCUACCCUAGCGGGUCAGGCAAUAGGGGGAACAGAGGCGGCAGGGGAGAAUCAGAUCUGUCGCCAACAGAGCUCUCACCUGAACAUUCACCUGAUCAUUCACCCGACCAUUCACCUGAACGGUCGCCUGUCCGAUCCUCCCACCGAUCUCCAGACCAGUUUUCAGAUCACUCGCCUAUCAGUUCCCCUGGCCAUUCUCCUGUGCGCUCCUCUCACCAUUCAUCCAACCGGUCACCGAACCUAACUCCGGACCAAACACCGGACCAGUCACCGAACCAGACACCGGACAUGUCUCCGGACCACAGAGGUUUGGGAGAGCAGGAUUACUCACCUCAUGCCCUGCACCAGCAGCAGCAGCAGCAGCAGCAGCAGCAGUAUCCCUAUUCAGCGCCCUUUUCCCCUCCGUCUCCUGAUGGUUUCUCGUUUGCCACAGCAGGGGAAGCAGCAGCAGCAGCAGCAGCAGGAGGAGGAGGAAGAGGGGGAGGAGAAGGAGGAGGGGCUUUUGGCGCCCCCUCUAUUCCACUGAUGGUGGCCGGUGCUGUGUUUGCAGGCCCUGCAAGGGUUACUCUGCCUGCCGUCCGUGCCAACAACCGCACUCCGCUGAGAACACCUGUGGAUUCACCAGAGAUUUCGCCUUCCGGAAGCCCUGUGGCGUCGCCUCAAGGCUCGCUGUACCAAGCCGCGGUGCUAGGCUCGGGGGAGCAGUACCCGUACCACCAUGGAUCAGAGGAUCAAGAGCCCGAAUACGGUCAGCAGCAGCAGCAGCAACGGCGCAUGGGCGCUGGGAGGGAGCCGUCGUAUCAGCACCAGCAUCACCACCAGCAGCACCAUCAUCACUCCCACAAGUCAGCAGCAGCAGGAGCAGCAGUGGGACGAUAUCUUGGUAACCCUAGUGGUGGUAACACUCGUGCUCGCAACUCUAGAGGUGGUGUAGCAGCAGCAGCAGCAGCAGCAGCUUUUCCCAAGUCCCAGUCUACCCCCGGAGGGCCUGAAGACGGGGCUGUAGCGGCUACAGGUAGGAGAGGCAGGGGUGAUAGUGGCGGUGGCAGCAGCAGCGGUGGCAGCAGGAGGGGCAGGAGGGGGAGUGAGAGAGGAGGGGAUGGGGAGAGUGGUGGGAGUGGAGGGGGGUAUGAGGAGGAGGGGUGGAUGAGGCAAACGCAUAGCGAUGGGGAGGAGUUGUCAGAGGGGGACGAGGAGGAGGAAGAAGAAGAGGAGGAGGAGGAAGGGGAGGAGGAAGAAGAGGAGGAGGAGGAGGAAGAGGAGGAGGAAGAAGAGGAUGAGGAGGAAGGGGAGGGGGAUGAAGACGCGGAUGUGUACUAUGAGUCCAAGGUGUUGGGGGACGAGCCCAUCUCCAGGAGACGAGUGGUGGAGCUUCUAGACCAGAUGGACGCGUUCAUAGAGGAGGGGCCGCACUGCAAGCUGGACGAGUACCUGCCCGCCAUCGACCUGCUGCUCUCUGUGCGCGCUCUGCUGCUGGAGGCACGGGACAAGGAGACCGGGCGGCGCGCGGACGGCAUGCUUCGGCGGGCCAUGGAGGACCUGGAGUACGAGUUUAGGGACAUCCUGUCGAGGCGAAGCCAGCAAGCAUCUACUCGUUUCACAGUCGACACGCUCUCCCGCAUUUUCCAGCGCAACUUCUACCCGCCUGUUGCCACCACCACCACUGCUGCUGCUGCCAGCAGCGCCAGCACGAGCAGCUGCUCCCCUGAAAGCGGCGUUACUGGUGGCACCAGCGCCAGCAGCAGCAGGAAUAGCACAGGAGGGGGAGGGGGAGGGGGGGAAGGGGGUGGGGGCGAAAGUGGACUAGGUGGGGAGGGGAUGGGGGGUUUGGACGAGGGGGAAUCGGAGGAUGCUGACUCGCUGCAUGUGCUGCCGGAAAUCGCCGCCCGGUGGCUGAACCAGACGGCUGCGAGGCUGGUGGCGGGAGGGGAGAGCGUGCGCUGUGUGGAGGCCUUCAGGUCUGUGCGAGUGGACAGCCUCAAGGGCGCUCUUCAGAGGUUGGAGGCGGAGCGGCCGUGGAUGGUGACAGCAGGGCAGAUCGCCGACAUGCCGUGGGCGGAGCUCGAGCCGCUCAGCAAGCAGUGGACGCAGGAUAUGUACAUUCUGGGCCGGUUGCUGCUGGGCAUGGAGCGCAGAACAGCUGUGGCUGUGUGGCGAGGCAUGCAGGUGCACGAGAGGGGGGCACUGAGAGCCAUAUUAGAGGACAGCGGCAUGGGCAAGCGCAUAGCGGAUCACGCGUUGAUCCUCCGCGCCAUCACUGCCCGAAACCUGCCCGAACAGCUCUUCUCGCUGCUCGACGCCUUUCGGGCAGCCCAAGAAGUCAUGCCAGAGCUCUCAGCCACAUUCAACCUCCUCAAGAUGGAAAUGGUAUGGCCGGCCUGCCAGCACCUCCCUCUGCUCAUCGCACAGGCAGUGGCCGACACAUUCGACCGCUUCAAAGCGCUCCUCGAAACCUCCACCAAGUCAGCCCAAGCCAUGGCUGCCGCCGCCCCUCCCCUCUCCUCCUCCUCCUCCGCCUCCCCGUCCGCGUCUGCCUCUGGUGCUGCUGGUUCAGCUGGUGGUGGUGGUGGGGAGGGAGUGGGAGGGGCGGGGGGCGGAGGAGGGGAGGGUGGGGAGGGAGAGAAGAAGGCUUCGCUGGGAAAGCUGUUCAGAAUGCCGUUCCUCGGUCGCACGGUGAGCACCACGUCAGCAUCGCCAGCAGCCGAGGAGAGCACUCAGGAUGUCAUGCCGCCAGGGGGGGUGGUGGAUCCCAUCACCAGCUACGUGGCCAACUACAUCCGCAGCUACAUGCGCCGGGUUCCCUCCACCCACAACAGCUACCUGGACGUGCUCGCCUCGCUCUUCCACCUGCUGGAGGAGCAAGGAGCAGUGGGCGACGGCGAGGAGGCAGAAGGAGGAGGGGAAAGCGACGACACCAAGGGCGGCGGCGGUAAAGCCAAGCCGGGUGACGGGGGCGGAAAGGCGGCGGUGGGGAAGUGGCGGACGGGGCAGAGUGCGGAGAGCGAGACAGCGCACCUGCUGAGCGCGCUGGUGGUGAACCUGGAGGCGCGCGGCGGGCUGUACCGCGAGGAGGAGCUGCAGCACCUCUUUCUGAUGAACAACACUCACUACCUUGUGCAGUCCGCAGCUGACUGGUACCGGUGGCACGUGGACAGCUUGAAUCAGCCACUGUCACAAGCUCGCAAGGAGGGCGCCAGGGACCUCACAGCAGCCAUGGCGGACCUUCGGGACGGCCACAUAGUGCAGCUGCAUGCCACGGCCUUCCAGAGCCGGGCGCUGGCUCAGGUCAUGGCAGCGCUCACAGAUGAACCUCCCCGAGGCACACCUGACUCAGUCAAGCUCAGGCUUAACAGGCUGCGUCGCUUCAACCUGGCAUUUGAGACCCUGGUGGCACGGCAGCGGAGGUGGUGCAUCCCCGAUGGUGAGCUGCGGAGAAAGACACGGGCCAAGUGGUCGACGGUGCUGCGAGAGAGAUACCGCAAGAUGCUGCUGCCCUUCUGGGAUGACUUGACAUCAAGCAAGAUGUUUGUGUACACUCCAGAAAGCAUUGAGGCCACUAUCUCAGAGACGUUCUUUAUUGGCCCGAGCGGCUAAGUGAUGGUGUGAGUUUGUUGUAGCCAUUCGUGCCAUGAGGUGGUAUUUGGACAAUGCCUUGCGGAUUAUGGUUAUGCUUAGGGCGCAUUCCUACAAAGUAGGAUCAGAAUCAACAAUGUUUCUGAACCUGCCGUUUUACAACCAGCAGUUCAGCAAUCCUGUAAAUCUGUCGCCUGCUAGUUUCGGCGACGCCACUGCCAGCCCCGCACGAUCCUACGUGUACACCCCCCGCGACCAGAGCCACAAAACAAACGUGGCGCGCAAGUGCCUCUCGUUUUUGUGCCCGUUGAGUGCCUUCCCAGGUCGCUGCACGUUGUGCAGUUGCGAGUGGAUUUGUGUAGACAGCCAAUCAACUUCCUCCUGCGACGCUGAGUGGCCGCCCUGGUUUCAAAUCCCUCCGUAAUAGAACGGGAAGGUGGUUCAAUAAUAGUUUUCGCAUUUCUGAUUCUGAUCCUACUUUGUAGGA